AUGGCAGGAUUUACUGCUGCGGCCUCUCCCGUCACAGUAGCAGCAGGUCUUGCUGUUCUUGGGAUUGGAUAUCUGAUCGGCCUGGUUAUCUACCGAUUAUACUUCCAUCCGCUUGCUCGCUUCCCUGGGCCCAAGAUCGUAGCCGCAACGUACUGGUAUGAAGCAUGUAUCGAUAUGUUCAAAGGCAUCCGCGGCCAAUACUACCGGGAGGUGGAGAAGAUGCACCAGAAAUACGGACCAAUCGUCCGCAUCAACCCAGAUGAGAUCCACGUGAGUGACCCAGGCUGGUUCGAACUUCUGUAUGCUGGCCAGCCUGCUCGAAGGGACAAAUGGCCAGCCACGGCGAUGAUGCUCGGAACGACCCUUGGAACAUUCGGGACCGUGGACCACUACAUGCAUCGUAAGCGGAGGGCCGCCAACAGUGCCCUAUACACGCUGCAGAACAUCGCGUCAUCUGAGCCCCUGAUCCACAAGCAUCUAGCUCGCCUGUGUGAGGUCCUCCGCUCGUCUAACGGCAAGGUCAUCGAGCUUCGCCGGAGAUUCAUCGCAUUCACGUCGGACUCCUUGGCUGACUUCGCAUUUGGCGAGACGUUCGGCAUCCAGGAUGAUGAAGACGCAGCCGAAAACUGCCAUCAAACCUUCAAUGCGUUGACGAGUGCGGCGCCGUUCAUCAAGCAGUUUCCAUGGUGCCAAUCGCUCGUGAAGCAGGUUCCGCUGCCAGUUGCGAAGCUGCUUGCUCCACACUUGUCAAAGCGCGUCCGCGAUCAGGCGGCCAAGUUUAUGGCUCACGAAUAUGCGGAGCUCGAAGAAAAGCACGAGCCCCGUCUAAACAUCUUCCAAGCGAUGCAGGACAGCCCGCUUCCCAUACAAGAGAAGUCCAUCGCGCGGAUGGCAGACGUGGCGACGGAAGUGUUCUUCGCUGGAUCCGGCCCGAUGUCCCGUGCUCUUUCCACUGGCGUGUUCUUCUUGUUAAACAACGCGGACGCCCUUCAGCGUCUCAAAGAGGAACUCAACCAGGCAAUCCCAAAUAUUAACAAUAUCCCGCAAGGGAAAGCGCUGGAGAGUCUCCCAUGGCUGAGUGCUGUUGUUAGAGAGACGUUCCGUAUCUCGACGAUCAUCAGCUCGAGAAUCCCGCUCGUUCCUCAAGAAGAUUUGGUCUACCAAGAAUGGGUAAUCCCAGCAGGAACACCAAUUGCCAUGUCACAAGCCGCCAUUCUCUUGGAUCCCAACAUCUUCCCAGAGCCUCGCGAGUUCAGGCCUGAGCGAUGGUUGGCAGACAAUGAGGCUCAAAGCGGAUCAGAAGGUCCUCUCCGCACCGACUUAGACAAGUACUUCGUGCCAUUCUCGAAAGGAGGUAGGAAGUGCCAAGGGCAAGUCUUCGCAACAAUGGAACUCCGCGUCACGCUCGCUGUGGUUUUCCGCCGAUUUGAGUUGGAGCUGUAUGAGACAAUUCGCGAGAGGGAUGUUGAUAACCAACGGGAUUGCUUCCUUGGCGAAUCCAUGCCAGAUAGUCCGGGUAUUCGUGUCCGCGUACUGAAAGAAUACGCGUACUGA